UGGAAGCACUUUCUUCAGCUACUCGUUGAUCCCGCUCACUGCCAUUAUAAAGCUCGGAUGCUUCAGGAUAUUUAUCAAAAUUUCUCAGAUUGUGUUUAUCAGAAAGAAGAAAGUCAUAUACAGCUAUGGUUCAAGUGGUGAGUAGAGUAAAAUUUUCAUUUGAAAGUGAACUAAUCCUUUCAUUAAAUUAAAUUAAAAGUUAUUUUUUAAACCUAUUGAUAUAUUUUAUACUGAAAUGUUGAAUGUCUGUAAUUAAUGUUCAAAAAAAAAAAAUCAUAGAUACAUCAAUACAAGGGCGUAAAUUUGGUUUCAACUUUGGGGGGGUUGAACGUUGGUAUGGUUGUAUUGCAUUGGGGGGGUUGUAACUGAUGGAUUUGAAUAUUGGGGGGGUUACCUCCCCCCCCAUCCCCCCCACAAACUACACCCCUGCAUCAAUACCAGUAUUAGUGUCAGUGAUUCUGGCCUUCAUUCAUAAAAAGAUACCAUUAACCAAAUGUUUAAAAUAUAAUAUCUUUAAGUUGUUUCUACAUUGAUUUGGAGAGUAACUGUAAACUUAUUACAAUAUAAAAAUACAAAAAACUCCAAUGUUUUUACACAAUUAAUUACAGAAAAAAAUGUGCUAUUAAUUAGUUCAUUUUUUUAAUUAAUUGACAGCACUACCAAAAACUUGUUAGUCAGCUAGAAAAAAAUAAUUUAGAAAAUUUUGAUAAAUGCACUAUAUUGCAUAUUCAUUGUGUUUCUACUUAACCUGUUCUUUGGUGUUUUAAUGUAAGUUUGAAAAAAAAUCUGUCAUGUUUUAUGACAGCCACAUUUAAAUUUUUAUAUUAAAAAAAAGAAAAGAAAUGUCUAGCCCUAUUGCCCAUUACAACACAACAAAGUUUGUGCUAUGCUAUAUUUAUAGUCAGGCAGUUAUUAUGAAAUGCACAAUCUAAAUUAUUGUGUGCUUUGUGAUACGCACACAAACCAUGCAUCCACUGGGAUUCUGUUUGAUGGUAUUUAAAAUGUGGUGCUCUGACAUCUGUGCCUUCUACAACACCUGUGAGGGAAGCGUGUACUGCAGAUUUGCAUUUACAAGGACUUUGCAGUAUUACUCUAUUCAGUGUUCUAUAGCAGCAUCUGUGGUUAAUUUGAUCUUCAUGUUUGAAAAUGUCUAAUCAGUUUAAUGCCUCUAAAUCAAACCUCACUCAGACUCUGUUGAUUUUGGAUCAAGAUGCACCAAUGAAGGCAUUUUUGUUUGUGACCCCAUGUGUUAUUUUCCUUUAUGUCAAUGGGGUAAUGCUGUUCACUUUGAGGAAAAAGACUGUUUUUCAGGAGACAUCCCGCUACAUUCUCUUUGGUCACAUGCUUUGGGUCGAUACGCUCAAUCUCUUUAUGAGUGUACUGUUGUAUAUAUGUGCUGUCAGUAGGAUUUUAGUUAUGAAAAAUAUCUGUCUUGUUCUUCUCAAUGCUGCAACAGCUCUCUUUCAGGUCUCUACCUUAAAUCUGGCUUUGAUGUCACUGGAGAGGUAUGUGGCCAUCUGCAUCCCUCUCAGACAUGCAGAAAUCACCAGUUUUGAAAGAACUCACUUAGCUUUCGGUCUUGUUUGGAUCAUGGGUUUGUUUCAGUCCCUGUCUGAGGUGAUUAUUUUCUACUCCAUUGAUACUACAAACACAGCAAUGUCUUUGUUCUGUUCAAGAACUACUCUCUUCAGACUGCAGAUAUAUAAGAAACUCGAUAUAGCUUUCACGUGUAUAUUUUUCGUCUCAGUGUGUUUUGUUAUUAUCUUUACUUAUGCUUCUAUAGCAGCUGUGGCUAGAACAGCUGCCUGUGAUAAGGCAUCAGCCAAAAAAGCCAACAAGACUGUUCUGUUGCAUCUAAUACAGCUGGGUCUUGGGGCAUCAUCCAUUUUAGUUGGAGUCAUCCAAGAACCUAUUUAUGUUUAUACUGACCCUACGACUGCAAUAAAUGUAAUGUAUUUUUGCUUUUUAGUGUUUAUAAUUUUCCCUAAAUGUCUAAGUCCUCUUAUAUAUGGCCUGAGAGACCAGGCCUUCAGCUGUUUAUUUAAAUACUAUUUCACAUUCGGUAAAGGUAAAGUCAAACCAGUUAUAAUAGAUCAAAACGUUUAGUAGCAAUGGUUAGAAAAUUAGCACUUCAUAUUGUACCAUAUUUUAAUAUAUUGGAUAUGUUCCUGGAAAUGGAGAUAAUAAUAUGAGAUAAAAUGUUAUGUAAUUUAUUGUAAAGAUACUCUGAAGUUGAAUCAGACUAAAACAACUAAGCUGUGAAAUAUGCAAGCAUUUAGCAUGCUAAUCUGUUUUAUUUUCACAGCACAGUGUGCCGGCAAAAAUGUUUUAUAAUUGCUCAUUUUUGUAAAGGACUACAUUUUUGCACUGUGAAAUUAACAUUAUUAAAGUUGUCAUUUAGAUUAUAGUCAUUUUAUUCUGUUUUGGAAAAUAUCUCUGAGUGACCUAUUCAUUCACUGAUACACUUCAAAAUAAAACCAUGCAAGGAACAAAA